UUUUGCAGAGAUUGCCAUGCAGUGACGGCGGGCGCGGGUGCAUACCUACAAAUACGAUCCAACUCAGGACGCGCGCGUACGGUGGAAGCGGCGUCGGGAGCGCUACAUGUAGAUAAGGAUUCUCGUCGUGCCGGUCUCUCGUCGCCAUGGACACCGCGGAGACCGUACGCAUGGUUCCCGUGACGACGUCGAUGUUGCCGGGCAACGGAAGCGGGCGGCCGGCGGCCCCGGAGCGCGACCCCUGUAACAUCGGCGCUGACCUUGACUAUGACAUUGCGAUCUCCGUCGUCUGCGCCAUCUGCCUCGUGUUCGGCAUUGUCUACACAUUCCUCGGCUACCGCUGCUUCAAGGCGACCAUGUUCCUCACAGGCUUCAUGUCCGGCUCUCUCGCUCUCUCUCACCGCUGCUUCAAGGCGACCAUGUUCCUCACAGGCUUCAUGUCCGGCUCUCUCGCUCUCUACGCCGUCUGCCAAGAGGAAGCCCUCCUCUCUCCGCAGCUGAACGCCGUCGUUGCCGUCGCCGCCGGCCUCCUCUUCGGCGUCGUCACCAUGCUCGUCGCCUACCUCGGUCUCUUCAUCACGGGCGUGCAGCUCGGAGUCCUCGUCGCCAUCGCGGCACUCAUCGUCGUCGAGUUCGCCGCGCACCCGUCUACGACGUGGGUCAGCGUCGGCGCGGCGUUCGGCUGCGGCCUCGCGGGGGCGCUGGCGACGCUGCGCUUCCCGAAGGGCGGCACGAUCGUGAGCACGAGCGCGUUCGGCGGCGCGCUCGUCGCCGCCGCCGCCGACUACUUCGUCGAGAAGUUUGCGAUGCUCGCGUACGCGUGGGAGCGCGUGAAGGUGGUGCGCAGCGAGCCGCCGUGCUGGUUCAGCUGGCUCGUGCUCGCUGUCUGGCCCUUCAUGCUCUGCGUCGGCCUGUUCGUGCAGUGGCAGAUCACUAGUCAGGACUACGACCACAGGGAAGCCAUACAGAAGAGACGCCACAAGAGGCUGAACUUGAAGCGGGUGCGCGACAAGAGCGAGGAAGUCGACAAGCAUUCGCGCGCCUACCGAUACUACUACCAGGUGCGGCGAGCCAACGGCGACGUCGUUGCCAAGAGCUACAUCAACACCUGGAGGAAUUCGCCGCACUCGACGAUGCAGUCGACGACCAGCGUGCAGGUGGCGCCACCAGACAGCCACGUCGCCAUGUUGAACCCGUCCGACAGCGCCACCACUACCAUGACGACGGUGACGCAAGUGCCUUGAACGUCGUCGUCAUCGUCGUCGUUGCCAUGGCGACGUCGCGGCAUCGCGGUUGCCGUGGGAACGUGCGGCGUCGCCAGCGUCUCUUGUUCUCAGUAGACGAGUCGAGCGUACACCGCGCGUUAUCGCUUGCGUCGUUCGAUAUCGCGUAUACACACACGACGCAUGUACUCGGUGAUAGCGGCGGAGGCGAGUGGCGCCAUCUAGCUUUAGGGAUGCUCAUCGCCUACGCAUUCAUCUGUCUGACUGUGAGAGAUCAACAGAGAGUCUCCCGCUCCCGGAAUGGAGGGAUGCUGGAGGGAAUUAUCCCGGUGAGGCAAUCCCAGUGUCCGUGAUCAUAGAUCGACUCAUGGGAUGGGAGGUGUGAGACAGGGGAGAGUAAGAAAGAGAGAGGGUGAGAGAGAGAGAGAAAGAAAGAGAGAGGGAGAGAUAGA